GCAUUCGAUAAAACUGUUGCGAAGGACAACUCCCUGGCCGUUGGCUUCUUUCAGAGAGGGUUUGUCCAUAUGCAGCUGGAAAUGUACGAAGAAGCUCUCUCUGACUAUCACCUGGCCUUCAAGCAUCUAAGAAAAAAUCCCUUCAUCGACUAUAAGCAGCUGGGGCUGAGGCACAUCCUCUACGCAUGGGAGGUGCUGUACAGCACAGCCGUGGCGCAGUGCCGGCUGCAGCAGUGGCAGGAGGCCAGAGCCACCCUGGACAAGGCUGUGGUAUGGAGACCUGAAGGCAGAACAGCAAUCCUGGAGCUGGCCCUCGAGCGCGUGCAGAACCAUCUCUUUUUAGAGCCCAUGCAGGUUCCUCCUGGGGAAUUUUUCAGACCACGAAAGAAGGAAGUUGAACAGCUGGAUUCAAAAGAUUUCCUGGGUAAACCCAAGGUGAUCUCAUCCAUCAUUCCCAACGAUGAGUACAUCGGCUUCGAGCCUCUCAGGCCUCAGAAGCAGGGCUUUUAUGAACCCAGUGCUGACGCUCGGCGAGACAGCGAGUCAGGCUACUAUCGAGUUGUGUCCCAUUACUACCCUGAGGACUCGGAGAAGCCGGCAGUGAAAGCCAGCAGCCUGGUCUUUGUGCUGACGAGGGGAGCAGACGGCUGGGCGACAGCCAUCCACGAUGGACAGAAGCUGCACAUCCCAAGUUCUCUCCUGGAGCCUGCCUCAAAGAUGGAUAAAUGGAAGAUCAGCAACGGGAUUCCCCUCCCUCCUGCUCAGGUGCCUCCCAGCCGACUCCACGUGCAGCAGAAGCCAGCAUCUCCUGGGGGAGAAAAUGCCUCUGGAAAUGAUGCUGGUGCCCAACUGGACUUCAAGCUCCCACCAGCUGGAGGAGAUGCUUCACCCAGCGCGGAGAGACCCGUGGUGCUGAGAGCGCAUUGCGAGUGCACCGUGGUGGUGCGGGCGGGCGAGGUGCCGUCUGUGCCAGGGCUGCGGGCGCUGCUGCGGGAGCGGAGAGCGGGGAAAACUGAGGUACACUGCGGCACAGCCACCCUCCAGCGUGCUCGGUGCACCUACCAGCAUUCAGAUGGCAAAGAACUGGGAGCAGUUACGGGCGAGGAGGAUCUGGGGAAGCUGUGGCAGCAGCUGACAGAUGGCAGGCUGACGCUCUGCUGCCAGGACUCGGACUCGCCCUCAGGCAGGCCUGUGCUCUACCGGAUGCUGGCUCAGCACUCAUACCUCGCACAGGGACCGGGGGGGCUCAUCGUGCUGCUUUCUGUUUUCCCAGUGAACGAGGACUGGCUGGAAGGACGCUGCAAUGGCAAGACUGGCAUCUUCCCCAGAUGCUUUGCCACCCAGACCAGUUGUGAUGCUACCUUCCUAUAG